CUCUCUCUCUCUUCUCCUUCUUCCAUAAACUAAAGAUUUAACCUUUUUCUCUCAAUCUCUGCAAUGGAUCAUCACUCACCUUGGGUAGAAAAGGCAACUGCAAAGCUAAUCAAGGGAAGGGAAAAUUUGAUCCAGCUUAUGAAAUUGCUUGAGGAACCGUCCAAUAUUAUAAGUGAUAUCUCGGUUUCAGCUGAAGAUUUGGUCACCGGAAUUUCAAGAUCCUUCGAUCACGCUAUUCAUAUAUUGAGCUCCGGCGCCGGCGAUCAAUCAGGUGGUGGUAUUUCCGACGGAACCCUUGACAAGAGAUCUGUGGACUCCGUUGAGAUUAGCAAACGCCCGGCGGCAAAGAAUAAGAGAGGUUGCUACAAAAGGAGAAAGAAUUCAGAAUCAUGGAAUCUUUCUCCCACAAUGGAAGAUGGGUAUGCUUGGAGGAAAUAUGGCCAGAAGUUUAUCCAUACUCAUAAUUUUCCAAGGGGCUAUUUUAGGUGCACAUACAAGAAAGAUGGUUGCAAAGCAACUAAACAAGUCAAUAAGUGGGAAGAAGAUCCGUCCUUGUACCGGACCACAUACUUUGGCCGACAUACUUGUUCAAACAAAACAAUAUCAUCCCAACAAAGCAUCCCUACUGAUGACCCUUAUAAUGUAAACUUUGAUUCGAUCACUACUCCGACAAGUGAGGUAAUGGAUCAUCCAUUAGAGGACAAAAGUAAUGUUAAUAAAGAGGGAGAUAACAAGGCUCCAGAAGUAAUUGAUGGUAUGUUGUGGUCGGAUUUAACAACAUUUGAUCAGUCAUCAGAGAUAAUGUUCAAGGUUGGAUUUGAGGAUGAAGAUGUCUCUAGUAUUUACAAUUUGUUUGAUUAUGAAGGUUUGAGUAGUAGCUUUGGAGUGGACAUCGAUGCCAAUGACACUCUUUCUUAACUAAUUAUCUAUUGUUUCUUUGCAUUUGUAAUGGAGAUACUCCAACUUUCUUUCACAAAUGAAAUUUUUUUAUUA